AUGUCUUUGAACGAUGUGGUGAUCAGUGGUAUGUCCGGUCGGUUCCCACUGUCGGACACCACCGACGAGUUGGCAAAGAAUCUGUUCGAUGGCACGGAUAUGAUCACCGGUGAUGACACGCGUUGGCCAAUAGACUUGUACGACAUAUGUCCGCGAAUGGGAAAGAUUAUGGACUGCAAUCGGUUUGAUUCAUCAUUUUUCGGACUAAUGGAGCAAAUGGUGGAUGAGAUCGACCCCCAGGCCCGCAUGCUUCUGGAGAUCACGUAUGAGGCUAUAGCCGAUGCAGGUAUAAAUCCGCAGGAGUUGCGGGGCAGUCAGACGGGUGUGUACGUAGGCGUCUCCAUAUACGCCAUGACCGAUGGCUACCCGGAGGACAUACAGCCGGACUUGCGGUCGAGUCUGCAGAGCGUUAUGUUGCAGACGACGGCAAACACGAAGACUUUCUACGCCAGUCGUAUAUCCUAUGUCUACGACUUCAAGGGGCCGUCGAUGAUAGUGGACACCGCCUGCUCGGCCAGUCUGUCCGCCAUGACUCUGGCCAUGAAUGAUAUGCGACUCGGUCAUAUCGACAACGCCGUCGUGUGCGGCACUCACAUGCUAUUCGAGCCAUUCAUAUACCAGUUUCAACAGGAGUUGAAUAUAUGUUCGCCGAGAGGUGUGGCCGCUGUGUUGGACAAGGAGGCGGACGGCUUCGUGAAGGGGGAGUCGGUGUGCUGUGUGUUCCUACAGCGCCGUCACAACGCCCGACGCAUAUACGCGACCGUACUGUCCAGUCGUAUGAAUAUCGACGGCAAUAAGACGGUCGGCAUGUAUUUCCCAUCGGCUGAGGCACAGGAGGAGCUCAUGGUUAAGUCGUAUAGCGAGAUCAAUGUUGAUCCACUGGCGCUCACCUACUUUGAAGCCCACUGUACCGGCACUAAGGCCGGGGAUCCUCAGGAGUUGAAGGCUAUAUACAACGCGUAUUGCAAACGGCCGGGUCGUACGGAGCCGUUGCCAUUGGGUGUACUGAAGAGCAAUAUGGGGCACUCGGAGGCCGGCUCCGGGAUUGCAUCGGUUAUCAAAGUGUUGAUUGCCUACGAAAAUGAAUGCAUUCCUCCUAACCUUAACCUCAACCAAAUUAAAGACGAGUGUGCCGUCUAUUGUCCCCCAUUAAUGCCUAUUGUCAAACCGUAUCCAUAUAAGCCAGGUAUUAACAACUUUGGUAUCGGCGGUGCAAACGCACACGUAUUGGUUGAACCCAACUAUAAGUUAGAAACCAAUGAUAGCCUAAGAAUCGCUGAAAUGAUUCCCAGAAUUGUGAACAUUUGCGGCAGAAAUGAACAUUCGGUUCAAUAU